AUGUUCGAUUCGGAGCUACAAAAACCAGUUAUUGUGUCUGAAAACAACAUCGGCGGAACUGUCCAGCAACAGUUUAGUUCUGUGGUUGAUGUUUUCAGGUAGAGAUUCUAACCUCUUCACCCUCGUACCAAAUUUUCAGACAAAACUUUGAAAAAGGUCUAGAAACGGCAGGCGCCUCUUUCGCUGUCUAUCAUAAAGACAGACUACUGAUAAACCUAUACGGAGGGGUGCGGAAUGUGGAAAAAAAGCAACCGUGGGUGGAAGACACCACGUCGGUGAUCUUUUCGACGACUAAGGCAAGUCUCAGGCGAAAGAGAAGUCGAGUAACAUAAACCACACUUUUUAGAGCAUAUCAGCCGUCAUCCUCGCAUAUACACUUGACAAACAAGAUGGAAAAGUUGGAUAUGACACGAAGAUAACGGAUAUUUGGCCAGAGUUUGGUCAGCACGGAAAAGAGAAUAUAACGAUUUUGGAUGCGGCGCUGCAUCGGGUAAGCGAAUAAUAUCACUAAUUUCCCGCGAUGAUGAUGCUUAUUAUUCUCGUAGGCCGGACUCGCUUACACAGAAGAGGUUUUGGAGAGAGAGGACAUCAUUAAACCGGACAAAAUUUCAAAGUUCUUCGAGAAGGCCAUUCCUAUGACUAACGGCUCCGAUGUCUUAUACCAUGCACUUACAUUUGGGUGAACUUUCAAGUUUUCAAAAAGACAAAAUAGUUGACUUACUUCUUCAGACUGCUUUUGGACCAAAUUGUGCGAAGAGUGGAUGAGAAGAAGAGAGGAAUUGCUGAAAUUCUUGAAGACGACUUUGUGAAAGUAUACGGUAAGAGUGAAAACAAGACUAAUUAUAUGUAUGCAUGAGCACGGCCCAUGCGUAACUUGAGACGCAUGCAGUAAACCGAAAGUGUCUGCCAAUGGAUAAAGGUUUCAGGUAUCAAAAAUCUCUCAAUCGGGCUGAAAUGUGAGACUCAAAAUGAGAAAGUUGCAAAAUUGACAGAUCUGGACGAGGAGGAAGUGAGAAGACAAGGUUUGUGGAGGGUUUUGGGGACAAAAUGGAAGAGGAAGAAGAAGAAGAAAAAGGAGGAGUGCAUCAUCAUCAUUUAUAGGUUCUCUUAAUCCGGAAGCUUUACGGAAAUUCAUGGCCGGGGAUAACAUCCACCACCAGAAGCUGUAUUCCAUAUUUCCCUGGAUUACAACAGAUGAUGUAUGGUGGUGAUUUGAUCAGCUCAAAAUAAAAACUUUUUUUUCCAGUACAAUCUACUGCCUAAUCGCCUUAUUCCAAUGCCUUCAAACAUGGGAAUCUCGAAUGCAGAGGGAUUGGCUCACUUCCAUUCACUAGUCGCCAAUAAGCAGAUAUUAUCCGAGAAAGCGUACAAAAUAUUGGAAAGCCCAGUUUUGGAGCAUGUUUAUGAUCACGCGAUUGGAUACGAAGAGAGCAAGGGAUAUGGAUUUCAAUACACUAAAAAUCCAAAGGUAUGUAUACCAAGCAUACCAAAGCAAUCCUCAAAAACUGCAAGCUUUCAGGGACAAUGGAUAUUCGGGCAUUCAGGGUUCGGCGGACAGAAUGUCAGGGUUGAUGUGAAUAAUGGGCUCACGAUUGCAUAUGUGUCGAAUGGAAUGAAAAUCACUGAUGCGGAUAUGGUGGAGUCAUGGCGUAACCUUGUGCAGGAAGUCUAUCGUGUGUUCUUUGGUCGUUAG